CGCCUUCGGGAAGGCCACUCUUCCCCGAACUGUCACGAAUCGCGCAAGUCCCCCACUUUCCUCCCCUUCCGAGGCGAACGAGCACGCGUUCCCAACGAGAGCGGGAAAAUCGGCUCUUUUAGUCUAUUUUCUCCCCCUUUUUGUAAUCGUCCCUUUAACGCUAUCAUAGUCUCUCCCCUCCUUUAGAAUCGUUUGUCCUCCAUACUUUCCCUCUCCAAGAAUCGUCAGUGUGCCAUCGAUUCGUUUAAUAGACCCGCUGGUCUGUCUUCGCAGGUUCAAUUUGGUAUCGGCGAACGUGACAGGAAGGAAGAGAUCAUCGCCAUUGGCCAGACGAAUUUUUCUCCGAGGCAAACACCAACGUCUCGAGUUUCGAGUCAUGAAAAUAUAAUUCCUUCGGAAGCAAAUUGAUCGUGAACAUAUUCGAUUCUUCGAUCUGACUUGGUCGUCUUCGUUUCAACUAUCUUCGAGUGUGGUCGAUCAUAAGAAACGAGCUAUCAACGAAAUUCAACGAAUUUCUAUCUCUAAUAUGAAACGCGUGAUGUUCGUUUGACUGUUGAAAGGAUCGGUUAUCGAAAUACGAGAUAUCGAGAGACUGAAGAUAUUCUCCGAAGGACAGGGAUUCAUUGUCGAGGAUCGAAACGCAAACAUGGAAGAGGCGGAUGUUCAGCAAGAGUCGAGGGAUCAAGUGGGCAACUUGAUGUUUUCUCCACCACCGAUGAAAAAAUCCGACACGAGGGAAAGCAUCUCCUCUGUAGACAGCGACGUGAGCCUUUCAUUCGAUCGAAGAGGCUCCAAAGGAGAAGAGGCCGACUUAUCAGACAGUGGAAGUUCUGACAAUGAGAAAAAAGUGAACGAUGCGAUGGAGCAACAGAAGAAUUGCGAUCCAGAUUCGGGAGCAGAUUCUUUGGAAGAAAAUGUCGUUAGAGAUCCAAAGGAUCAGAAACAGCCAACAUCGAUCGAAGUAAGUACAACCACUCAAGAUGACUUUGUUCCACCAAGCGACGAAUUGGCCGAGAAGAUAUGCGCGCAAGUGGAAUUUUACUUCUCGGAUGAAAAUAUCGUGAAGGAUGCUUUUCUCCUGAAACACGUGAAAAGGAACAAGGAAGGAUACGUAUCUCUGAAGCUUAUCUCGAGUUUCAAACGAGUAAAACAUCUAAGCAGAGAUUGGCGGGUCGUUGGAGCUGCUUUGGCAAAAUCAAAGAAACUUCAAGUAAAUCCACAGGGUACCAAGCUACGAAGAGUCGAUCCUUUGCCACCUUUCGAUCAAACCACUCCAUCGAGGACGAUAUUAGCCGCGAGACUCCCGGUAGAGAAGUUGUCGGUCGAAUCUGUGGCUGAAAUCUUCAGGCCGUGUGGAGAGAUCGCUCUCAUUAGAGUACUUCGACCUGGGCAUCCAGCACCAGCUGAGGUGCGACAAGCAAUCGCCAAAAGGCCAGAAUUGGCAUCGAGCGAGGAGUGCGCCAUGGUCGAGUUCACGGAUUCAGCGUCCGCUCGUACCGCCUUACAAAUGACCUUGGGCGAUGCCAAGGUGUUUGAGCUGCAACAAUCCAGCGACAAGAAGAGGAAACAACAACCAGCAAAGAAAAGUGCCCUGACAAGAUUGACCAAAGAGGAAGCUUACAACUCCUCGAGUUGCGCCAGCGGAUCCGAGACAGAAGAUGGAAGAGCCAGACAUAAAAAACCCAUUCAUGGUUACCCAAUGUAUCACGCUUAUCCGGGCCAUCCGUUCCAAGGACCCCCAUCACCGGAUGCAUGGUUGUCUCGUCGGUUGUCCGCUUGUUCUGUCUCUGGUUCAGACAACGGUUUCAUUCUGCGUCGCCUAUCUUCCUGUUCCGGUUCAGGCUCCGGUUCCGAAACCGGAAGUUUUGGCAGACGUUACUCCGCUUGCUCUUCCGGUUCUGAGACCGGUUACUGUCACCCAGUUUUCCCGCCGAGUUACUAUUAUCAAGAGAAUCGGCGUUUCUCUUGUUGUUCGAGUUCCGGCUCCGAGUGCAGUGGUGUUUGUUAUCAUUCUAGUCGCCGCGGGUCCGCGGAUUACGGGCCAUUUUUAAGAAGAUUGUCCGCCUGCAGCCGAGAUUCAGCCUUUGAUGCAGGUUCCAGGAGGCUGUCUCUAUGUUCUUCCGGUUCUGAGCAGGGUAGCUAUUGUCGGCCCAGAAGCAACAGUGGUAUCGCGUUGACUCAUCUUCCAGAGAACGUGACGAGAAUGCCGUCUGGACCAGAUGGAACGCGUGGAUUUGGCCGACCACCCAAAAUGAACACCAUGCCGCCGCCAAUGGAACCCACCUGUUAGACGUCAAUUACUCUCGAGAAUUUCUAUCGUAGAUAGACCGUUACAUAUAUUCGUUGUUUCUUGCUCUUUUUUUGAAUGACCAACUCCGUGUUUUCCAAUAGAUUAAACAAGAGAUAUAUUUACAUACACGUAUAUGUUUUUUAACGACUUUUAUACAAGAGAUCUCUGGAGUACAAUCAGUCGUUUACUUGAAAUUAAGUAAAGUAAUUGAUGAUGUACAAAUACGUUGGUUAAUGUACAGGUGUAUUUACCAUGGUUUAAUGUAUUUUGUUAGUUGUAUAUAUAUUUCUGGAUGACGUUAUUUGCAUUUAUAGACGGAUUGCAUAUUUUUCGUAUAUGUAUUGUUUUUGAUAUAGCAUUAGAGAGUUUUAACAAAAAUUUUCAUUUAAAACGAUCUACAUCUUAUAUAUGUAUGAAAGAUUUAAUGCCCUCUUUGAAAUUUAUAAUUCCAUUCCAUCUUACGAAAUGAUUUCGAACUCUUAUAAAGGCUGCCUAUAACCGCCGAAAAUGAGUAUGUUUAAAGAUAUUUAUGUGAACUCUAUUUGUCUGGAUUACAUAUUAUAUUAUUGAUAAGAGAUUUGUGCUUAGAAAAUAUGUAAAUAAUAGUAUUACAACAAUAAUGUUAUUUGUGAUAAGCGUCGAUUUUACUGUAAGGGUACGUGAAAGUUGUAUGAAGCCUUACAUAAAAAUGUUCGAUCUGAGGUUCUGUGAUAUUGACGAAAAAUGUACAGACUUCGAAACUGUGAGUAAGUAGAAUAUACCUGUGCUAGACGCGUUCUUAUACUGUUCGUGAUACUCAAUCAGCAAUGCAUCUGAAUCUGAUUAUUUAAGAGUAUUAUAAGAAUAUUCAUGAUAAAUGUUAAUUGUGUAAACAUUCUAGAACAAAUAUAUUGGUACAACAAUUU